UCUAGUUAGUUUAAACACAUAAAGGGUGUAGGUUUGUGCGAGACGGGGAGAGAGAGAUUUCGAUUAAUCAAAUUGGUGUAAUCAGCGCGUCAAUCAAAGAUUUGGCAAUGAAAAUCAUUAGCGAUACUUUUUCGGGAUUAGAAAUCGCCCAACAAACACCCGAUUCGGAUUCGGAUCUUCAGGCACUCCAGCAACAUAUACAAACACCUCCGCAGAAAGUCGAUCAACAUAUGUAUGAAAUAGACCUGGAGGAGACUUCAGAUUCCGAGCCUCCCGUGACUUUCAAAAAAUUCUAUCGGGAGUUCAAGCUUGGUGUACCCAAUGUUCAUUCUAGGGCAACACCUUUGUUCGAGGUGGCCUCUGUUCGCAUAGACAACAACCAAUUCCAGGAGUUCAGUUCGGUUGAAAUUUAUGGCACUAUCGUGCUCAUUGAUAAUCAUGGUAACGAAUUCUAUAUCUUUGAUUGCAAGCGCCGUGAUGAUGCAAAGGCUCACAUUUUAGAUCCCAGAACACCCACAUCUGUAAUCCUUGAAAACUUUCAACCGCGUGGUGUACCAAGUAAAUUGUGCUUGCUAUUUCAACUCAAAAGAAGAUUGCCUGGUGCUGCUGCUGAGGAAGAUAUUGUAAUCUUCGAUGAUUACAAGCAUAUAGAUUGCACUCGGGAAGUUCUUUAUGACAAACCACAAGUUUAUGUCUUCGACUCUGAUAAAGGGCGAUCUAUUAUUACGGUGACUUGCACAAUAUUUCAAUGUGCACUUACAGCUGAGGUGGGAAUUGUAGUUGAAAAAACCGGCAGGGGUGUUCCUGAGAGUGGUGUUGCCGAAAUUACCGGUAGGAUUGUCGCAGUAACCAGGGGAUUGAGUGAUGAUUUGCAUGCACGUACAAUCCUUGCCGUGUCAUGCGAACAGUUCAAAUUUGGGAAUUAUACUCCACUGUCUACAUUGGCGGUGCCAGCAUAUUCCUCGGUUGAAUUUCAAGGUCAACUAAGUGUUAAUGGGCAAGAUUUAAGUUGUGAUUUGACAUUUGAACCUUGUAAUGAAAGUGACAUAUUUCAUGAGAAACAGAUUUGCCGUAGACCAUAUCGGAUCCGAGUAAUCGUGUUUUGGAAGCAUGGUGCUACAAGCCUUCCGGAAGGUAAUGUAAUGAUUUUUUUCCAACUGAACUUUUGGAGAUUUUCUCGAUUUCUAGGAUGUCUAUCUAUCUUUGAUUCAGACACCGGAGGCGUCUUCACUUCCACUUCCAGUUACAAUAGUGACAUUGUAAAGCUAGUUCCUGAUCUUGGUCGUGGUUUUGUCGGUUCACAUCUGGGGAUAGUAACCGAGCUGAUGGAUAAUCAAGGCCGUGAGAUUAGCUUUGGGUCCGCAAAAUAUGAUUUCCACACAAUUGAAGUAUGGCGUGACAAGCGGAUCUGUUCAGUUAUUAGGGGUCAAAAUGGUUUUGCAGCUGUGCACUAUACGAUCUUUUCAGAUGCUGUACUAGUUAAAUUGUCCUUUGAGGCAAUGUAUAACUUUAAAUCUGGUGGUGCUAGUGGUUGUAAAGUUCAUGGGAGUAUUAAUACUUGGUACAGCAACUUCAAUUACUAUACUCACUAUGCAAAGAAGUAUUACCGAUGCACACUGUUUGAAAAGCAAGAGUGCGAUGCUUUGAAUCUUGCCGAUGGUGAGAAAAUACCAUUGUCAAAAUCCGUAAUUGCAGUGCCAGUAUAUGGCUUACUCGUUGUGGAAGCAAUUGUUUAUGCACAAAAUGGAAAGCAUAGUGAAAAAUUGAAGUUUAAGAAAACAUUUUCUCCUGCUGAAAAUCAACGUGUGAUUGCGGAAUCGAGGCUUGGUAAGAGCUUUGGUUUAUUUAUGGACGUGGAAUGGGUGCGAGACAUCCCUCUCAUCUAG